GACGCCAUUAACGGCGUUGGACGACAGCUAACGGAGAGUGACCAUAAAUGAACGGUUUUUGUAAAGUUAGUGACCACAAAUGGAUUUAAAUAUUUCGAGUGACCAAACAUGAACGCUUUUUGUAAUGUUAGUGACCAACCAUGCAAUUAACCCUACAUUUAUCUAUCGAAAUUGGAAAAACCUCAUAAACCCUUUCUUCCUUAUUUGGGGGAAAAAUUCCGAUUCACAGGAAGUUUCAAAAUGGCUGCUGCUUCCUCCUCCUCGAGCUACUGCCUUUCUCCAUUUCCGUCGCCGCUUCUCCUGCGGCGGGAAUCGGCGAUGGCUGUUCCGUGUUUCUUACCGAAGCUUCCUCUAGUGAAGUCCAGGAACUUCUUCCCGGCGUUGUUUUGCAUUUCGCCAAGCCGGCACGCGGUUGACGAGCAGGAAAUCCUGCAGUUCGUGGCGGAAUCGAACGACCGGAUUCUCCCUUGCGUCAGAACCUUCGAGAAUGACUUGGCGCGGCUGAGUUUGGUAGGUUCCGUCGGAGUCGAGCAGGCUCUCACCGCCGCUGCCGCCGACGGAGGUCGAGCUGCGUCCGAGCACAUCCAGUCCGGCAUGUCCGCUAUGGUCGUCGAGACUGUUUCCCCUGGACCUUCCGACGAGCACGCCACCGUAUCCACUCGAUUGUUUUUGCCUGCGGAGAGAGUGAGAGCAAAAGCUCGCAAGCUCAAAGCAAGUUUCAAGGAGGAUGUUCUAUCUGGAGUGAGCUCCCAGAACAUACUCGCCUUGACAUUUAGACAAGUCGUCUUGCAACAGCUAUGGAACUUUGAACUUGUGUUGUUUGGGCCUGGAAUUGAGCGAGAUAUGGAGGAUCUCGAGACUCCCAGAGAGGUUGCUACCUCUUUCUUCCUCAGCUCAUCGGACGAUCGCAUUAUCUCUGUGCUAGCAGAAGCUGUCGCCAUUGCUGCUCUUCAUAAUACAGAAACAAGUUUUCUGAGAGGCUUCUUGGGGAAAUCUCCCAACAAAAUCUUCUCCUGGUUUGGAAAGCGAAGUGGGAUAGCUUCCAGAGAUUCUUCAGUUGUUAUUUACCAGUUGCUUGAACAUGAGAUCGUUGAAAAUGCUGAGACUUUACUUGAAAAGUUCAAUUCAAGCAAGGAAAUGUUAAGGGGUAUGAAAAGGAAGCAGAGGUACAGCUGGUGGACACCCUCGGCACAAAACAAGUUGGAACGUCUUGGUGGUUCUGAGUUCAGUGCUUGGGUGAGUGAGUAUGUACCUGUUUAUAAGCUGCAAGUUGAUGCUGAUAAAGCCAUGGAUGUCAAAUUUGAAGGCUGGAGGAACUUGCCGGGUAACAAGUUCGAGGUUCUAUUAACGCACUCCCAAAUGGUUCGUCUGGCUGAAAUACUGGACAUGUAUUAUGAUGAUGCAUAUUCGCUACCUAGUAAAGAAUUGUCAUGUGGUACUGUUGCAAAUGUUGCUAAUUUGUCAGAGAAAAGGAGGAAUUCAAUGUUGAUGAAAACCCUUUCAGUAGCCUUGGCAAGUGGAAUUUUUCUUAUUACAUUAGCUGCUGCGGGUCAGUUUGGCUUCUCUUUUCUACGUCAAAGGCAAAAGCAUGUUCAAGAACAUAGAUCACUUUCGACGUCUGAAACUGAGUAUAUAAUAAAUGAAUCUGUGAAUACAGAACAGUUGAAUGAAUGUUGUGUCUCGGUGAUCAAAAGGAUAAAGGAGGCAUUUGGUUGGCACGGGGACAUAAUGACGGACUUGAAUGCUGGUGCUUGGAUUGGCCAAGUUCCGGAGUAUCUGAAAAUGACUGCGACAACUGAUGAUUCUACCUCUGAAGGGCUAUCAACUGGUUUCUCAACGAUACAACAUAUUGAUGAGAAGGCAAAAUCAUCCGUGCAAGACAUUGCUAGUUAUCAGGUAGUUCUGUCGACUGAUGGAAAAUUGGUUGGCUUCCAGCCCACAAGUGGAGUGGGAGUAAACCAGUGGGCAGCCAAUCCCUUAGCAAAGGAACUCUACGGUGGAAGAAAGCUAACCCCUGGUUUCAUCGAGCCUAGGCUGAAUAUCGAGCUUCCGGAUGAGGUAGUCGUUAUCGAGCUGUUGAUGUCAAUUAAGGAUAAACACUUUGCACUGGCAAGACCAUUCCAAUGACUACUGUUACCCUGGUGUGUAGCUGUUUGGCAUCAUAUAUUGACUGCUACUCAUUUAAGGUUAGAAUAGAUUAUUAUGUAUACGAAACUAAUCUCUGUUUAAAGUCGUAAAUAUGAUGUUUUAUUGGACCAUUUUGCCUAAAAAUACCGCAUAAAUGGUGUUUCUCGGUUGGAGAAUUUUCGUGAUCAGCUAUUCCAGGGAGAGAACAUUUGACCAAAUAACCAUUGUUUUUUCUU